CGGCCGUCCUGGUUCGGAGAGGGAUGGCCCCAGCAGGCAGCGCUGCGCGCCGUGACCUCCCGUGCCCGUCGGCCCCGUGGGCGCCAUGGGGAUCCAAGGGCUGCAGCGCUGGAUCGCGGAGUCGUUCCCGGAGGCGUUCUCCUCGCAGGUGUCCCUGGAGGCGGACCACGUCUACGUCGACAUGAACACCAUCCUCCACCAGAUCCUGGAGGGCGCGGGCGGCUCUGGCGCCGACGAGGGCCAGUUCAUGUCCGCCCUCGAGGCGCGCCUGGACCAGAUCCUGGCCAGGGCCGUGCCCCGCGCGUCGGUGUUCCUCGCCGUCGACGGGCCUGCCGCCACCGCCAAGGUCGCCGAGCAGCGCCGCCGGCGCCGCCAGCGCUGCUCCAGGCUGGCGGUGGCCAGCGGCCCGCGCCGUGGCGGCGGCCGUGGCCGCGGGGGCGCGGGCGUCGCGGGCGCAGCGGCUCCCGGGCGCGUGUCGGCCAACAUGCUGACGCCCGGGGUGCCCUUCAUGGAGCGCCUGUCCGCGGGCCUCCGCGCCUACUGCGAGGCGCGGCUGGGGCUGGCGCCGGGCCCGGGAGGGGCGGCGCCGUCCCGCUGGCCAGAGGGCGCGCGCGCGGCGGUGAGCGGUGCCUCGAGCGCCGGGGAGGGCGAGCACAAGAUCCUCGCCGCCCUGCUCCGCAACGCGCGGGGUUCCAGAGGGGGCGGCGCGGCCGCCGCUGGGUCCCAGGGGCCGCCGCGGGUGCACGUGGUGAUAGGCGGGGACGUCGACCUGCUGCUCCAGCCGCUGGCGCCGAGGGGCCUGCUGGAGGGUUCGCAGGUGCUGAUCGCUGCCCCGCCGCGGGGCCUCGCGGGGCCCCCGAUGCGCGUCUGCGACGUGGGCAGGCUGGGUGCGGGCAUCUGCGAGCGGUGGCGGCGGGCGCUGGACCUCUCCCAGCGGGCGGCGCUGGAGGAGGCGCCGCCGCCUGGCGGGCUGGCAGACGCGCUGGAGCUGGGCGUCCGGCGGGACUUCGUCCUCGUGGCGCUGAUGCGCGGCAACGAUUACCUGCCCCCCCUCUCGUCCUCGCAGGAUCCUGCGAGGCUCUGGGCCGCGUACCUCCGCUGGCGGCGCGGCCGCGAGCAGGGGGCUGGCGGCCUCGUGGGCGUGGAGGUGGACGAGCAGGCCGGCCGGCUGGCGCUCUGCCUGGGCCCGGUGGCCGACUUCAUGGCCAGCUGCUCGGGGUGCCCCCCGCCAGCGCCGCUGGGGGGGCCCCUGGGUGGCGGCGACGAGGAGGCCGAGGGCGUCGCCGCGUACCUCAGCGGCCUGCUGUGGUGCAUGGAGACGUAUGUGCACGGCCGCACCCCCGACUUCCACUUCCUCGCUUCCGCUUUCCGAGCUCCCUGUCCUCACACGCGAGCGCCCGGCUGAUCGCGCAGCACGCCGGAGGCUACGGUGGACCCAGCUGGAGCGCAGCGGAGCCGCUGGCGCCCCUGGCCUGCGCGGUGGCGAUGCUGCCAGCCUCCGAGGUCCGCGCGCUGCUUCUGCCGGCGGCGCCCUGCCUGGGCCCGCUGCUGGAGCCGGGCGGGCUGCUGGGGGAGGUCGCCAGGCUGGAGGGCUGCGCCGAGUGCGCCGCCCUCGCCGCGGCCGCGACGGCGGCGCCGGGCGCGGGGAAGAAGGCCGAGAAGCGGCGGAGGGCCCUGGAGGUCCACCGCAGGGGCCACUCGGACAUUGAAAACGUGUGCCUCGCGGAGCUCGGCGCGGAGGUCCGGAGGCGCUGCGAGGCCUCGCCGCAGGCGGCGGAGCUCGCGCCGCUCCUCGCCCUCGGCUCGGAAGUCCACGCGGGGGCGCCCGGCGUGGAGGCUCCGCCCGCCGAGGCCGAGGAGGCCGCGCCAGCCGGUCCAGCCUCGAGGCCGCAGGGGGCGCAGGAGCCCGAUGGGCCGCCGGGGCUGCCGGCGGAGGAGCCGCAGGCAGCCGCGGCGCGGCGGAAGAAACGCCGGCGCCAGGCGUCCGUCGCGCGGCCAGGGGCGGCGCGCAAGAGGGCCC